AUCACAAUUGACAUUUCAUCGCCGCUAUUUAUUUGCAUACCAACGAGGGAAAUUUUUACACUCUUUUGAACAGGGAAGGAUUUGCUCUGAUUUGAUCAGAUUUGCUAGGACAUGUUAGGGGUUGCAUUUUUUCUUUUCCGCACAAUUACGUGAUGGAAGGAAGGACGUGUCAGGACGGCCAACCAUUAUGCAUGUACAGGUCCUUUUUCUCCACGUUUCGCACAUGGCAAUAAUCCCCUUUUAAAACAACUUAAAAUAAGCGUUUCCUCCCAAAAGGGGUUGUACGCCUCUUUGCGUCCAAGGGUGGGGGGGAGUGCUCUGCACACCGCGCCAUAUGCAUGCACAUAAAGUAUUGCUGUGCGUGUAAAUUGGCCUGCGGGCUGGAUAGUUGAAGACGAAGAUCACGGAAGAGAAAGUCACGAUGGAGUUGUCGAUAGACGCUCUGAAGGAGAAGUUCCUUAACAUGAACAGCGACAUCGAGCUGAUCGAGCGAAAGCUGAAGGACGAAAUGUGCAAAAUGUACGAAGAUGACAUCAACCCGUUUCUAAUUCUUAACGACUUUGAAAAUAUAAAAAGCGAGCUGUACAGAAUUAACAAAGAAUUAAGCGUCCUGUAUGAACGGAAAAAAAUGAGCAUACAAUACAUGCACAGGCAAAUGCAAAAUUAUAACUUUCUGCUCAACUUGGAAAAUAAUUUAAACAUCACUUCCAAGGAGUUUAUGAAUUAUCACAACUCGGAAAUUAUUUUAAAUAAUUUUUUUUACGACAAUAUAAAGAAGUUUUUGCUCAACAUAAAUUACGAUGAAAUUAACGAGCUGCUACAGCUGGAUCAUCUUCAAAAAUGUGUGGACAGCAAAGGAGAACAAACAAAUGGCAACAACUUAAGCGAUUUGGGGAAGGAAGCACCCAACGGGAAACCUGCGCUGUGUGACUCAGCCAGUUAUAAAAAUUACGUAAAUACUAGCGAUUUGAAGGACAACGAAAAAAGGGGGGUGCUGAAUAACGGAAACGCCGCACAGGACAACAGAAAGGAACAAGUGAAUAAGGGAAAUGCCACCGAUAAGGAGAGCUUGUUUUGUCCCAUCGACGACGCUACCUUCCAGUCUGUCCCCGCGCUGAUUCGACGGCGGGCCAAGUUGGACGACAUUAACUUGAUAUACAGGUCGCUCUACGACAUGGCCAUAAAGAAGGGCAGCUGCCUCCCCGUGGAAAAGUCCGAGCUGACUCAGAUGAAUCUGCAGGUCUUUGGACAGACAGGAGAAGCCAAAAUAGCUACCUUGCGAUACCUGAAAAUUAUAGAAGUUAUUAACAAAACCGGCUCCGUGAAACUCCUGAACUGCGCGGGGCUGAAAAAAAAAAAGAAGAGAAAAACCUGCCACGCAAGAAUAAAGGACACCAUAAUGACAAAUGGAAGUAACCGAAUGGAUGCUCUCCCAGAAUGCAACUAG